GUUUCUAUUUUUUUCUUGUUAGACGCGAUCAUCAAAGGGCAUAAACCUUUCUUUUUUCUUCUUUAUUUUACAUUAUGGCCAGAAGAUACGACUCAAGAACCACUAUUUUCUCACCUGAAGGUCGUUUAUACCAAGUUGAAUAUGCUAUGGAAGCUAUUUCUCUUGCUGGUAUUGCACUUGGUAUUCUCGCAAAAGAUGGUGUUGUUAUUGCUGCUGAAAAGAAGGUCACUGCUAAACUAUUAGAGACCAGUGCUACUUCUGAAAAGAUUUACAAGUUAAACGAUAACAUUAUCUGUGGUGUAGCAGGUAUUACAGCUGAUGCCAACAUCUUGAUCAACUGGACUCGAGCCAGUGCACAACGCUAUUUGUUUGCAUACAAUGAAGAAAUCCCAGUUGAACAACUGGUUCAAAAUCUAUGUGAUUUAAAGCAAGGUUAUACUCAAUAUGGUGGUUUGCGUCCUUUUGGUGUCUCUUUUAUCUUUGCUGGUUAUGAUGAACACUAUGGUUUCCAAUUGUAUCAUUCUGAUCCUUCUGGUAAUUAUGGUGGUUGGAAGGCUACUUGUAUUGGUGCCAAUAAUGCUACAGCACAAUCUAUUUUGAAACAAGAUCAUAAGGAUGACAUGACAUUAGAGGAGGCCAAAGCAUUGGCUAUUAAAGUGUUAAGCAAAACCAUGGACAGUACAACAUUGACAAGUGAAAAAUUGGAAUUUGCCACCAUUCGACUUGAAGAAAACAAAGUUAAAUAUGAUCUUUAUAAGCCUGAGGAGAUUGAUGCAUUGUUAAAAGAACAACAAGUGGGUGCUACUGUUCAUGAAACAGCUUAAAUAAAAUA